AUUGGAAGCUCAAAUUCCAAAUCUAAGCCCCUAAUGCCAUGCAUACGAAAAUACGAAAAGAGUCUUAAGGGAAAUACACAAAAAAAAUUCGGAUGUGCUGACAUGGCUAAUCAUCCAGCAAGGAACCGACGUGCUCAAUUAGAUGACAAGGCAAUAUGAUGAUGUGGCAACUUACUCCAAACUCCUCCCCUGGUAAGAAAAAAAAAGAAAGUGGGUUCACCCUCCAAACACCCGAACCACGCAUUUGACCUGCCGCGCCACCGCUUUCCGGCCGGCCGCGGAGAAUGAACAACCGCAAGAAGAACAACGGCAGCUCCGGCCAGCAAAUCAACACCGCCGAAACCCAUAUCCCGCCCAAAGAAACCCUCAAUCGAUACACAAUCAGCCCGGCCAACCACCACCUUUACCAUUUCAUCUGGCUGUCGCUCGUCCUUACCAGUGUCAAGCUCCUCUUGAUCCCAGCUUACCACAGCACUGAUUUCGAGGUCCACCGUAAUUGGCUUGCUGUAACCCAUUCUCUUCCUCUAUCUCAAUGGUACUCCGACGAGACCAGCCCAUGGACCCUUGACUAUCCUCCGUUCUUCGCUUACUUCGAGCGCUUCCUCUCCUUCUUCGGUUCAAUUGUUGAUCCAACCAUGGUUCACCUGACAAAUGGCAUUGAUUACAAGUCCAACCUAACCAUCAUCUUCCAGAGAUUAUCCGUCAUAGUAGCCGACGUUGUUUUGCUCUACGGAGUUUAUAGAAUUACUCGGAAACUAGUUCCGAAAGAGCGGCAUUUGAUCUGGAUUUUGGUUAUUGGGGCCCCGGGAUUGAUAAUUGUGGACCAUUUACAUUUUCAGUAUAAUGGUUUUUUGCUGGGGAUUCUGUUAUUGUCACUCGCGGCCUUGGAAGAAGGGAAUGAUUUAAUGGGAGGGUUUCUUUUUGCAGUGUUGUUGUGUUUUAAGCACCUGUUUGCGGUGGCUGCGCCUGUGUACUUUGUGUAUUUAUUGAGGCAUUAUUGUAAGGGUGGAUUGAUCAAGGGAUUCGGAAGGUUGGUGAUGAUGGGCAGUGUGGUUGUGGUGGUUUUUGCUGCUGCUUAUGGCCCUUUUCUUUAUUACGGACAGAUCCAACAAGUUUUCCAUCGCAUGUUCCCUUUUGGCAGGGGGCUCUGUCAUGCUUACUGGGCACCAAAUUUCUGGGUGUUCUACAUCAUAUUGGAUAAAGUGCUAACGUUCCUGCUUUUGAGACUGGGGUUCAACAUCCAAGUGCCAACAGCAUCAUUUACUGGUGGGCUUGUUGGGGAUUCGUCGCCUUUUGCUGUUUUACCUAGGAUCACUCCAUUGAUUAGCCUGGCCAUGGUCCUGCUCUCUAUAUUCCCUUGUCUUAUAAAGGCUUGGAAGGAUCCCAAGCCAAGGAUGAUCACUAGAUGGGUCGCUUAUGCUUACUCGUGUGGCUUUAUGUUUGGCUGGCAUGUUCAUGAAAAGGCAUCGCUACACUUUGUUAUCCCUCUUGCAAUUACUGCAUUGAACAGCGCUGAAGAUGCUAGACAUUACUUCUUUUUGUCUAUAGUAUCCUCCUAUUCACUGUUCCCUCUUCUUUAUCAAGCACAAGAGUAUCCAAUCAAAGUUGUAUUACUGAUAGUACAUGCUAUGCUUAUGUGGUACGGAUUUUCCUCAAAUUUCAAGGCUACAAGUAACUCCAGACCUGGAGAGCUUGCCAAAUCAGGAGGUGAUACUGUCACAAAGAAUGGAGAUUUUGUCAUAGGAUGGUUCGGAAAGUCUUAUCUUCUGGGGCUUUUCGUUGUUGAGAUAUGGGGACAGUUUUUGCAUCCUUUAUUUCUUGGGAAUAAACUUCCCUUCUUACCUCUAAUGCUGAUAUCUACAUACUGUGCAUUUGGUAUGAUCUACUCUUGGAUUUGGCAACUAAGACAGAUUGUUAGGUCUCUUUGAUCUGGAUAAACAUGUAACAUUAACUGCAGAUAGGUGGUUUUUUUAACCCGGAAAUCUAAUUUAUAUCUUAACCAGGCAUGUCGACUUCUUUAUUUGCUUUUUGACUUUGCUAAAGUUCCUUCAAAAGGGCAGUCAGUGCUUUUAAAAGUGAAGGAGAAAGUUCACUUCUCAA